AUGAACCGGCGAGCACGAUCGACCGAGGCGCCCGUGCGCGUCCCGUACCACGUCCGCGCUGCGCCGGGCGGCAAGGGCGCGCCGAGUGAGGCGGCGCCGGACAGGGCAUCGCGGUACGGCGCCGCGUCCAAAGGAUCGGCCGGCGCGUCGUCGUCGGUGCCGUACUCGUACGAGCGGCACACGUCGGAGCUAUCGCGCGCGAUCAUCGAGUACCUCGCUCCGAUCCUGCCGACCGAGGACGAGUACCGCACCAAGGAGGGCAUACGGCGCGAGCUCAUGCGGAUCGCGAGCAAGCUGCAUCCCAAGGCGACGCUGCUCGCGUUCGGCAGCAUGGCGAACGGGUUUGCGCUAAAGAACUCAGACAUGGACCUGUGCUGCCUCGUGCCGCGCGACGACGGCGAGGACAGCGCGGCGCUGCCGUCGCCGUCCGAGCUCGUCGAGCAGCUGAGCGAGCUCAUCCGGCAAGAUACCGACUUUCACGUCCUGCCGCUGCCCAAGGCGCGCAUACCGAUCAUCAAAAUCAGCCACUCGGCGACGCCCAAGAUGCCGUACGACAUCUCGUGCGAUAUCGGCUUCAACAACCAGCUCGCGCUCGAAAACACACGCCUGCUCCUCUCGUACGCCAUGCUCGAUCCGCCGCGGCUGCGUGCGCUCGUGCUCUUUAUCAAGGUGUGGACGAAGCGCCGGAAACUGAACUCGCCGUACACGGGCACGCUGUCGAGCUACGGGUACGCCCUGCUCGUCCUCUUCUUUCUCAUCCACGUCAAAAAGCCCGCGGUGCUCCCGAACCUGCAGCGGAUCCCGGCCGGCCGCGAACUGUCGCAGCACGACAUCAUGCUCGAGGGCCACUCGAUCUACUUUUACGACGACAUGGAGGCCCUGCGCCGGCAAUGGCACUCCGACAACACCGACUCGGUCGGCGAGCUGCUCCUCGACUUUUUCCGCUACUUUUCGCGCGACUUUAACUACACCAAGGACGCGAUUGCCAUGCGCACCGAAGGCGGGCUCGUGACGAAAGAGUCGCGGCGGUGGACGCACGACCUGCUGUGCAUCGAGGACCCGUUCCAGGCCGGCUACAACGUCGCGCGCACCGUCACCAAGGACGGCCUCUACACGAUCCGCGGCGAGUUUAUGCGCGCGAGUCGCCUGCUCGCGAAUCGCACGAUCCGCGUGCCGCAGCUCCUGCACGAGCUGUGCAUGGAGCGCGAAGACGGCUUGACACGCGCCCCCGACUUUCCGCAGCGGCACCACGACCACCACCGCUUCCGCGGCCGCGCGUUCGACGACAUGUCGCGCGCCUUUGUGCCGCACGGCAUCUCGUAUCCCCCCCCCCCCCCCAUGAUGCCCCCGCCGUUCGUGCCCGCCAUGCCGAUCCCGUCGUGGGCGCCGUUCCCGACCCCUUUCGGCACGCCGCCCACCUGGAUACCCGGGGCGCAGCGCCGCGACGACGACGACAAGAGCGGCUCGAUCAUCCGCGGCACGCAUCUCCCCCACGAACACCGUGCCUGGUCGUCCGGCUCGCGCGAGCCGGACGACGACGACGACGACGACGACGGCGUGUUUGGCAUGUCGCCCACGUAG